GCAGCACCAACAGGAGGACGCACAGAAAAAAAGAUGAAACUGUGACCCAGAGGAGGAACGAGCAGCAGAAACAGAAACACGAGGAGCAGGAUAGACAGACUAACGUGAGCUUCUGGGCUGAGUAAAUAAAACGAGACCAGAACCCAGAACCAGAAGGCACGGAAAUGUUACUGUGACAGUUAAACUGAAGGAGAAGCUGAGGAUGUCGGCCCUCCUAAACUCCACACAGAACCAGGAAAUUGAAUCAUGGAGAGGGAACAGAAAAAUCUGAUGAACACAAAAGUGGCCUGCUGUCAAACUACUCGGACUGACACAUGCAGAGUCCUGAGCCACCACCUGGGACAGGUGACAGCAAGAUGUUGAGUGUAGCCUAUCAAGUGUGUUCAGGGCCGCCAUCAUGGACAAUGUGUCACCUGGCAACCGUACAAGUGAGACACACCUGAAGGACUACAACUACCUGGCCUUGGUCCUCGGUGUCCCCCUAAUCCUGAUCAUCAUCCUGGGAAAUGUUUUGGUGUGUCUGAGCGUGCUCACUGAGCGCUCCCUGAAAACCGCUACCAACUACUUCAUCAUCAGCCUGGCGGUGGCUGACCUACUGCUGGCCGUGCUGGUGCUACCGCUAUACGUUUACUCAGAGUUUCUAGGAGGUAUCUGGAUGCUUAGCACCUACAUCUGUGAUGCGCUAAUGACGAUGGAUGUGAUGCUGUGCACUGCCUCCAUCCUCAACCUGUGUGCCAUCAGUGUAGACAGGUACAUAGCAGUGGUGGUGCCUCUGAAGUACAACAGGAACCAGUUCAGUGUGCGUCAGCUGGCUCUCAUCACUGCUACCUGGGUUCUGUCUCUGGGCGUGGCCAGUCCGGUUAUCUUCGGUCUGAACCAGGUGCCAGGUCGUGAUCCAAGCGUGUGCAAACUGGAGGAUGACCGGUUUGUGGUGUACUCGUCGGUCUGCUCCUUCUUUGUGCCAUGUCCUGUCAUGCUCUUCUUGUAUUACUGGAUGUUUAGAGGCCUGCGGCAGUGGAGCAGUCGCAGUCGAUCUCAGGUGGCUCAAGUCGGUCGGCAUUCUCUCUCGCUACGUCUCAGCUCAGCUCUACAGCAAGCUAAAGCCACAACAACUGGGAGUCGACAGAAGGUGAUAUACGCCACUCCGGCCAGUGUCAGCCCCGCCUCCCCCUCCACUGUCUCCAUGGCAACAGCCUCAGCAACCCCUGUGACAGACGAGCAGCAGGACGGGGCGGGGGCAGAGAGCGACCCGAUGACAACACAGAUGGACAGUGUGUCGGACCAAGAGGCCAUAGGGAGGACAGAGGGGGCCAGCAGAGAGAACGGCCUGAUGAAGAACAGCACCACUGCAAAGAGAGCACGACGACAAUUUAAGAGCAGCAGGGUCAGCGGGAGGGAGCGCAAAGCCAUGAGGGUCCUGCCCGUUGUUGUCGGUGUGUUUCUGGCCUGUUGGACACCUUUCUUCGUUGUCCACGUCACCAAGGUGUUGUGUCAGUCAUGUGACAUUGGCCCCACCCUCAUCUCCAUGGUAACGUGGCUCGGCUACGUUAACAGCGCCGUGAACCCAAUUAUCUACACCGUAUUUAACGUAGAGUUCAGGAACGUGUUUCACAAGCUGCUCUGCUGUCGGGCAUGACACUCGAAGACAGAGGUCUCGUGAUGUCCUCAGACUGUCCAGGAUUAACUACCUCGUCCCCAGAGCCAAGUGCUCGUGAAAAUGGCUACGGACAGUCACAGAUUUGCUACGUUCAUCAUCAUCAGCAAGAACAUUGCAGCUGGACUGAAAUAGUGUCUUAUUUUGAAGGUUUGGAUCAUGUGUCAGGCUCUUAUUCUGACAGCCCAGAGGUAUGAACAUGUGCUGUGAUAUCUGAGCAUUUUCAUGGUGGCAUUGUUUUGAAAGGCACUUUUUAAAUUGUUUUCAUUUGUUUUACACAAAAAGUGUUGAUGAAUAUUUUUGACUGAAGCAGAAAACUAUGUUUAUCUAAAGAAAUGAAAGAACAAAUGUUUUGACUGGUGCUGUCAGACAAUAACAGAAAUGUGAAGUCUGUUAAAGGGGAGAAUCUUGUUGGCUGGAUUUUUCUGUGACGUGAAGGUGAAUGUGAUGAGAUGCAGCCGAAUCAACAACAAAUGGAAAAGAUUAAUGAUGCUUGUGUCUGUCUGUAAACACCUGGACCAGAUCUUUAAAUAGACCCGAUCUCAUCUCCCUGCCCACUCCGAUAUAACAGGAACAUCCAGAUCUGUGCAGGACCAACAAGCACCUUCACCAACAUCAUCAUCAGACAGAAGACAGAAACCGAGCUUCUGCAGAAAGAAGCUGCUCAGUCGGAGUUAGAUAAGUCCUGAGAAAAGGUCAGCGCACCAGAACAAAGGACUGAUCCACAGAGGGUCAGGUGGACCAACUCGCCUUUAAAUGUCACAUGGGGAGGACAACCACGCUAAGGAGAAGACAGAAGAUGAGGAAGACAGAAGGUCUAUGAAGAUGUGUUGUCAGAGGUUUUGUGCCUGAGCGGUGCUCAGCAGGUUUCACCCUGAUGAUGAUGACGACAACAGAGAUUUUUACAGUUGAUAUUUGUUUUGAUUUUUUUUGUGCAUGUUUAAGGCAGUGACAACAGAGAGCGGUGGGGACGUCUCUUCAUUCCGUGCAGACAAACACACAGAAAGCCAGUGGUGCAGAGUAACUAAGCGCAUGUACUCGAGUACUGUACUCAAGUACAAUGUUGAGUUAUCUGUACUUUGAGUAUUUUCAUUUUCUGUUACUUCAGUCUUUGACUU